GGUAACAGCAGGCAUUCCUUGUCACGUGACCACUCCAAGCAUCUUUUUGGUCCAUUUUAGAUGGUAGUGAGAGCCCUGAACGACACCCAAAAAUGACCAAGUUGCAGUUUUUAAAUGUGUUUUUGACCGAACGCCUUAUGCUGGCUGCCCAAGAGAUCUAUAAAUCUGUCGAAGACACGAUUUUGGAGUACCAAGAAGAGAUUGCGCUCAGAGAGAGAGAAAACGACCAUCUGAGACGCAGACUGCGAGACGCAGGAAUUGAAAUAUGGCCAGACCGCCAGUCCAUGGCGCUGCUGGAUGAGGAGGAUGCUGAACAUCCGCGUCGUGAGUGGAGUCCCAGCAUGGGUCAUGAGGAGCGACUUCCUCUGCAGAUCAAAGACAAAAGAGACCUCCGCAGCAGCCAGGGAGAGGAGCAGCUUCGUGGGCAUGGCUCUUGCAGCACGCCUGAGUCCAUGUUCACCCCUCCCCGUGUGAGCAACGAGUACCCCCAGGACCCCCCCCACACGUCUAGCCUCCCCCAGAGCCAGGGCGUGGAGAACAGGGAAAGGGACCCUGGUGCCAGGAGCUCCAGGCAUGUGAAGGCUGAGAGCGGGGGAAGCCACAGAGGCUCGUCCUCCUCCAACAGCGGACCUCAGCCCCUCGCCCCGGUCAACCCCAACUGCUCCAACGAAAAUAACAUUGACAUCAUAGGGGUGGAGAACGGCGGACAGUUGGUGGGCUCCAAGGGGGGUGCUGGGGGGAGUAGGGGAGGCCAGGUCUCGCACAUGCGAAACCAGGGUGGGAACCCCGCCGUGGACUGCCACCAGAAAUCCCCCCUCCAGAUCCACGUGUCGGCCUUUUGCUGCAAAGUGUGCGGCGAGGCGUUCAGCCAGGCAGGACACCUCCACGUGCACGUGCAGGUGCACACGCGGGAGAAGCCGUACCGCUGUGGUGUGUGUGGGAAGUGCUGCAGCUCCUCGGGACGGCUGCAGGAGCACCAGCGCAGCCACACAGGGGAGAAGCCCUUCCGUUGCCAGAUCUGCGGGAAGGGCUUCACUCAGAUGGCCCACCUGAAGGUGCACAUGAGGAUCCACACGGGCGAGAAGCCCUACAGCUGCCCCGUGUGCGGGAAGUGCUUCAGCCGCUCCGACAAGAUCAAACGGCACCUGCAGACCCACAGCCGUGAGGGAACCUACUUCUCAGGCCAAUGAAGGAAGACAAGACGGGCGGAAAAACAACUCCAUCUGAAAAUUCUUUUUUGAGAUAAUGGGAUAAUGGGACAUUUUUCACAAGGAAAAGCUAAAUUUGCUGCCGCUAAGAUGAAGCUUUUUGAAUUUCAAAGAAAUAGGGAUUCUUCGACUCUGUUUAGAGAAUGUUGUAUCCUAACACUUCAUGCCAUAGUCCCAUGCAAUAGGAGUUGCAUUACAUAGUCAAUUUAGUAUGUUCAAUUUCCUUUUUAUUUUAUUUUUGUACUUGUCACUGAAUGAAAUAGGGAAUCUUUAAGACACAGAAUUUGAUGAGUUUAUAGAUAGCCUUUCUUAAUUAUUUAGUCUUUCUGUAGUAAUAAAUUUAGCAUGAUUAUGAAGUCUUCCAUAUGCGCCUUGAAACUGAGAUGUGUUCAGAAUUGCAACAACGAGCACCAUUCUAUAAAACUAAGUUUCGUCUGGAAGUAUUGGCAUUGGGCUGUUAGGUCAUAAAUGAAGCACUGUUUGACACACUUCAAUUUCCAAAGUCACCUUGGAUAAACAGUGGAAAUAUUUUUUGUUCAAUUCUCAUAUUUGUCCAACGUACAGAUGUCAUGAGGUCAUUCUGAGCCCUCUAUGGGAAGCCUUUGUAGUCUGGUGACAUGACUCUCUGUAAGAGGGAGUGGUGUUAACCAGGCUAAUGCUUAUGUACAGUUAGCCAUCAAUAGCCUCCCAAGCACUUGAUAGUGACUGAGCAUGAGCCUCCCUAUGUCAUUGUUGCAUAACUGACUACUGCCAUCUAAGUUUAUCUAGAGCUGGUUGUUUUAUAUUACGAGGAUUCUGUUGCAAGACUGCUUUACUAUGUGUAUGAUAAUAAUGUGACGACGAGGAUGAUGAUUUUUAGUUCUGUAAAUUACCACUUUUCCCCCAAGUUCUCCUGUAUAGGGUCUAUGUGUCCUGUGUAUGACCUGUGCAAUGGCUUACAGCCAACAUGGUGCAGAGACACACUCCUCAGCCAUAUAGUAUUACCUUAUCCUGAAAUCUUAGCAAGACGCUUCUUCAUGAGGGUAGACAGGGUCAAGAUGCAUACAUUCACUUAGCAAAACCUUAUAACAUCGAUUAUUUCCAUGUUGUCUAUUGACUGGGCUAGUUGGAGCCCAAGGGUAUUGGCCCUUCAAAUGUCCUGUAGCAAUUAGGCUAGCAGCAACCAAGUUAAUUGUAGGAAGCAUUUUCUGUCUCUGUCCCACCCUCCUGAACAGGCUGUUGUACAGUUUUUAUCUCCACUCAGGACUGAGGCUACGCUAGUACGCCCUCACACCCGACCAGCAUACCCUCCCACCUCCCCCACACAUCCCCUCCCUCUCCAUUCCUCCCCCACACACUCCCUUUCCUCCCUAACACUCUACUCCGGGAAGCUGCAGCUCCCCCACACACACGCAACAUUACUGUACAGUGUUGUAUCAUUGUGUACUAAAUGUUAUUUUUUAAUAAAGUAGUAAUUGAG